AUGGAAGUUGUCAAGGAGCUACAUGCUGCUGUGGCAAAUGCCUGUGAGGCCUCCUUCGAUAGUGCCUAUGAGCAAAUGAAAUCGCAUAUUGAUGCACAUGCCAAGGAGGCAGAAAUUAAAGAAUCAAUGGCGAUCCAAGCCCAGCGACAAUUAGAGACAAGAAUCCGAGACCUUCAGCAUGAUAUCACGGUACUCCGGAGUGAGCUCCAACAAUAUGAAGUUGAUCCACAGGAUCUUGAACUUCCUGGGAAAUAUGCCAAUCUAGAGACCGAAUUCGACCCGAGGAACCUGUGGGGGGAAGAUAUGGAUGGCGAUGAUCAUCACAAUGUUCGGAAGUCUCGGAAAAGAGUUGAGGCCAAAUACACCGCGCUUUACACAAAUUUACAGACGUUCAUCCAAACUUGGAGUGGUCUCAAGUCCCGGGUGUUGCAGCAUAAAAGGAAGCUACGGCGAUGGGAUCAGCAACUAGAGCGUGACGAAUUUUCGCUUGUUCUCAAUGGUCAACCCGUCACAUUCCGCAGGGUGCAAAAUCCCAACCCCGAGGAUGUUGACAAACAACACUCGCAGGCCGAAGGUUCCUCGAAGAAACGUCCCAGAGAAGAGCGCGCAGAUCUUCCAGCCAAGGCCGCCAACCUGUCACAAAGGAUCACUCGUGCAGAUUAUGUGCAUGCAAAUAUGAAAGUUGAAGAUGACCAAAAAAUAAUUCACGACUUAACAUCAGAGUCGGCCUCCACCCAGUCUAGCUCUUCUAGACCUGAGAUGGAACACUCGGAAUAUUCUGAUACAAUAUGUUCCUUGUCCGAUGUCCUCCGACAGCAAAAUCGGCAAAGGCUUUCACCAACACUUCCCAGCAGAAAUAUUGUGCAUAGUCAGCGGGAGGUCAUGGGUUCGGAGCACCCUGCGGUUGUCAAAAAUGAGAUUCUGUCCUCAAGUCCAAUGAGAAGCGCAAUGCACAACAGUGAACUGCCAUUUGCAAGCACGCAAGAUCUCGAUGAGAUAGGGGACACGAUACGAACACCAAUGAAACGGAAAGCCUACCGAGAUGUCAAUAUUGAAGACGCUGGGGAUUCAGAGAACAGUACAAGUAACGCACAUCGCUCAAAGCGAAUACCACUAGGCCAGCAUAUAUCUCAACAGUCAUCUAUACUCCAACCAGUUGACGGUAAUGCACGUGGUGCCAUGUCCUCUGCACAGAGAUCUUCAAUGAAGCGCCUUCAAGAUCUAGAGCGACGCGCAAUACCAGCUCUGGCAGAAGACGGUGAUGAUGCGACAAACUUGCGGACAUCUUCGAAGGUCGGCUCCGGCGUCAAUCUCGGACCUGCGGAAGCAAAGACCAUGGGUGGAUUUGCACAGAGGCGCCUCGAAACUCUUCUAGAACGGUCGGUACCCUCCAAAUCACCACUUCAUUUGUCAAGCAAAAUCUCCGAUGCGGACUCAACAAUGGUGAACGAUACACCCCAGAUUGAUCAGACAAGACCUAAGAUGUCCAGUCAAAUGGCCCCAGAUAUAGACCCCGAUGAUGAACCAUUCAGAGCAAGACCUCUUCAUCGCCUUGGGUUACAGCAUUUCAAAAUCAACCCGGCUAGAAAUCAAGGGCUUGACUACGCAUAUGAUGCAGUUGUCCGAAAGAAGGAUGACCGCAAAUGCAUAUCAGGCUGUACUCGCCCAGGAUGUUGUGGUGAUCGGUUCCGGGCCAUGGCCCGCCUUGGGGGCCUUCCCGGUCAGUCCGGCGCAGAACAAGAGGAAGAAGACCAGGCAAUUCUACAAGAGUUUCUAGGAGAGGAUACUCAAUUGCUUCGAAAUAUGAGUGGCGAAGAGCGUGAAAAUCUCCUAGUGGAAGCGAGAGCCAGGGCCCUAGCCAACCAAUAUGGAAGGCAUCGGCAUACUCAUCAGCGGGCUCAAUCCCCCCCUGGCUUCUGGCGGACUGACAUGCCAGAUACGCAAGAGGAGGAAGAUGACCUGGAAGCUGCCAAGAAGUUGGAGCGUGAGAAAGUGGAAGAGCGAUAUCGAGAGGCUAUGCGCCCUGGGGGGUUAUGGACAUGGGCGGAUGAAUAA